CCGCAGCAGACAGAAUUCAAAUUCACAGCAAAUUAAAUCGGAUGUUCUGAUCUAAUCACAAGUGUCGUUAACUCGAAGUGAAUUCUCAAGUCUUGCAUUAAGUACUCAGCGCAUAACUGUUUUCAUUUUGUUUAUUCGCAUUUUAUUGCAAUACUUAAAUAUUUGUUCAUUACUUUGUAUGUAGACAUAUUUCCUUUUUUUCGGAAACUGGCACAAACUGCAAAUGGCAAAUGUCUGCGCUGAAUGGUGAAUAUAAAAACGCAUUUGACUUAGAUUUUCGGAAUCAGUGUAAGUGUAGCGGGUAGCGAAAGUGCGCUGCAUUGCGCAAUAAAUAGUGAACGGAAAAUUGCAAGAGAAAUUUGAAAGUGAAAUUAAUAGUUUUUGCUGAAAUUUUAUAAAAAAAAAAUUCCAAAAACAUGUUCAAUAUGAAAAUCACUUUGGCAUUCUUAUUGUUCGCUGGCUUGCUAGCCAUUGGCGUUGACGCCGGCAGCGAACCAGUUUGUUCGUAUCGGAAUAAUCAGGGUGAAACGAUCUUCCUGAAGUAUUUGCCGCUGUUGAAACAGGGACAGGACUAUGUAGACUUUAGCGCAGAUGGAAAGUGUGUGAAGCGUGCCGUUUGCUCGGAGAAUUUCAAAACCGAAGUGGAAGAUUGCGCCAAAUAUCCCGUUACUUGUACUAAUAAAAAGACGUACCCUGGCGUUUUCCCCGGUUGUUGCGUUAAGUGCUAAUUUAUUAAACAAAAUGGCAUAAUAAACUAUAAUUUUGAGUCUAGAGUUUUAUAAUAAUUUAUUUAGAGAAGUACAAACGAUGUAAUUUUGCUCACUUACACACCAAAGAAAUACCAUAAUGAUGAUUAGUCUUAAGAAAAAGCAUAUUUAAAAAAAAAAAACAUAUAUAUUUAAUCAUUACUAAACGAAAAACAAUAUAAACAUACAUAUACAAAUAUAUAAAGCAAUAUCAUAUGUUACUCUACAACAAAUAAAAUGCAUUCACAUAACGAAGAAAGUUAUUUAAACACGUUAAAAAAAA